GCGGAAUUUGGCCGAGACCAUGUUAAAAUUGGUAGCAGAAUCAACGUUUACUUCAACAUACGCAUUGCAUUUAAAUCACAGGCAAUUAAUUAAUGAAGCUUACAACGUAGCAGUUUCUGACGAUGCCGCCUCCGAGAGAUACGAGCUGAAGUCGGAGUUGUUUCAUUUCCAGCCAAAACAUCACUCUGGGCAGGUUGAACAAAAGAAGCGAAAACGCAAGGCUGAUGCAAAUGAUAAAGUCAACCCUGCCAAAGAAAUUGAGAUCCUCAAAAAGUAUCUGCAGAAAUUGCCUAAAGAGAAUAACGUUAGCAUAUUCGAACUCGAACGUUACUGGGAUGAAGCAUACACCUUGCCUCAGCUCCACGGCUCGAACUCUAGUGGCAUAUUUCAAAAAUUUCAACUUGAAGGUGCUACAACAUAUCUCAUACCCCCAGGCGCAAGCUUUUUCAACCAUAACGUUGAAGAGCUGCCAAAGCUACUCCCACAGUUGCUGCCCAACUAUGACAUAAUUGUAAUGGAUCCGCCGUGGAGGAACAAAUACAUACGGCGAGUGAAACGGGCCAAGCAAUCACUUGGCUAUGCGAUGCUGGACAAUGAUCAGCUUCGUCUAAUGCCUGUAGAUAAGCUUAUUCAUAAGCAUACACUGGUUGCCAUAUGGUGCACUAAUGCAGAGCAGCAUCAGAUCGCGUUAGAAACGCAGCUUUUGCCGCGCUGGAGAUUAACACUGCUACACAGACUGAAAUGGUACAAACUGAAUACGGCGAAUGUACUAAUUGGUGAGAUUCGUGAAGGCAACCAAAAACAGCCCUUUGAAAUGCUAUAUUUGGCGUGUCACAAGGAUAGCUUUGACCAACAUUCUGCAAGCCUGAAGGAUGUUCAAUUAUUGUUGAGUGUGCCGAGCAUUAUACAUUCACAUAAGCCGCCCCUUUUUCCGUGGUUACGACAGCACGUACAACAUGUGGUCGGAGAGUCCACGCCCACCUGUCUAGAACUGUUCGCCCGUUACCUACAGCCGCAAUGCACAUCUAUUGGACUCGAGGUGCUGAAACUAAUGGAUACGCGUCUUUACAACAAAAUCGAAUACAACUAACCGAUGUGACUACGAAUACUUUAGGAACUGCAUUUUCUAUUUGUAUGUAUGUUAUACACAAUGGAUCCCAAUAUUUAAUGUCCACAAGUUCUCAAUAAUAUCGAUGUCUAGUGGCUAAUGCCAAAUUAAGACA